UCGCUUUCCAGAUGGACUCCUAGGGCGCUGACUGCUCCCCAGUUUCCGUAGGGAAGCGCCAGGCUACCACAGCUAUUGUGCGUAGCGCUGUUGCCCUCCUCUUCCCGCUGUUGCUGCCCUGUUGUUGGAGGAAAGCUACGUCUCCUUGGCCGCCGGGUUUAACCCUUUAAGCGCCAAACCCGACAGCCCACCGGCUCCCCGAAACGAGUAGGCUGUCUCUGCAGUUGCCGAGCUGUGGGCGACAAGCCCCGAAGACCCCGAGGAAGACAGCUGAAGGGAGCCCGUGCUGUCGGUCGGUCUCGGGCUUGGGGCUCGGCCAGCGUGAAGCAGUGGCAUUGGCUUUAAGAAGGGGGAGGGGAGGCGCGGUCCGCCGCUCGGGGAGCCAGGGAAGGAAGCCUUGGCUGGUUGGCUUGGGAGCGCAGAGAGGCGGCCCCCGCACCCGCGCUCUCCCCGCCUCCACCCUGGGCUGCCCAGGACUCAGCGCUGUGCUUCGGGGAGGCGCUGACCAGGGGGCGUGCUGCUCGCUAGGCUGCACCCUGCCGGCGUCAGAAGGCGUUGGUAAGCAUUCCUGGUCACCCGCAGCCACCACCGGACUACGCGCUCCUGCUACACACCAGCGGGCGCUCCCAAGAGUUUCAUUGGAACAGUCCCUCCGCUACCGUAACCAUGGGGCAUCCCCCGCUGGAGUUCAGCGACUGCUACCUCGACAGCCCCGAUUUCCGCGAGAGGCUCAAGUGUUAUGAACAGGAGCUGGAGAGGACCAAUAAAUUCAUCAAAGACGUGAUCAAGGACGGCAGCGCGCUCAUCAGCGCUAUGAGAAGUUACUCUUCUGCGGUCCAGAAGUUUUCCCAGACGUUGCAGUCGUUUCAGUUUGAUUUCAUCGGGGACACUCUGACAGAUGAUGAGAUCAAUAUUGCGGAAUCAUUCAAGGAAUUUGCUGAAUUGCUCAAUGAAGUAGAAAAUGAGAGGAUGAUGAUGGUACAAAAUGCUAGUGACUUGCUGAUCAAACCCCUGGAAGCUUUUCGGAAGGAACAAAUAGGUUUCACAAAGGAGAGGAAGAAGAAAUUUGAAAAGGACGGUGAGAGGUUUUACUCAUUACUGGACCGGCACUUACACCUGUCAGCCAAAAAGAAAGAAUCUCAGCUGCUAGAGGCAGACCUCCAAGUGGAUAAGGAAAGGCACAAUUUCUUCGAGUCCUCCCUUGACUAUGUCUAUCAAAUCCAGGAAGUUCAAGAGUCCAAGAAGUUCAAUAUUGUGGAGCCAGUCUUGGCCUUUCUUCACAGCCUCUUCAUUUCCAACAGCUUGACUGUGGAGCUCACACAGGAUUUCCUCCCGUACAAACAGCAGCUGCAGCUCAGUUUACAGAAUACAAGAAAUCAUUUCUCCAGCACCCGAGAAGAGAUGGAGGAACUUAAGAAAAGGAUGAAAGAAGCUCCUCAGACAUGCAAACUUCCGGGACAGCCAACCAUCGAAGGCUAUCUCUAUACCCAGGAGAAAUGGGCUCUGGGGAUAUCUUGGGUGAAAUACUACUGUCGGUAUGAGAAAGAGACCAGGACACUCACCAUGACACCGAUGGAACAGAAGCCAGGUGCUAAGCAGGGACCUGUGGACUUAACAUUGAAAUAUUGCGUGAGAAGAAAGACAGAGUCGAUUGACAAGAGAUUCUGCUUUGAUAUAGAAACUAAUGAAAGACCAGGAACCAUUACUCUGCAGGCGCCUUCAGAAGCCAAUAGAAGACUAUGGAUGGAAGCCAUGGAUGGGAAAGAACCUAUCUAUCACAGCCCUAUAACAAAACAGGAAGAAAUGGAGCUGAAUGAAGUGGGGUUCAAGUUCGUUAGGAAGUGCAUCAAUUUUAUUGAGACCAAAGGGAUCAAGACAGAAGGGUUGUACCGCACAGUGGGCAGCAACAUCCAGGUUCAGAAGCUGCUCAAUGCCUUUUUUGGAAGUGCAAUACUCCUUUUUACAGAUGGGGAAACUGAAGUUCUUGCUUCCCCCAAAAAAAUUCAUAGCAGUGGCAUAAGUGGCAAGAAAAGAGCUCACAAGGAGUUUGUGGAUGGAAUCCUUUUGCUGGUUGUGAUCGACCAGCGGAAGGGUCAAAUCGAACAGAUACUAAAGCGCUUUGGAAAUAAUUCUUCAGAUUCACCAACUUAUAAGCAUGUUGUCAUAUUUCGAAUCCCACUGGUAAACUUCUGUGAGAUGGGUGUAAUCAGGCUAAGGUGUAGGGCCUUAGUACUCAUAGAACCAAGAGUCUACGCUCUGGUUACUUCUUCCUCCAAAAGAGUGAUCGCCUUCAUUCGUUUCAGGAAUCUUUCCGAACCUGUCAUGACUUAUAAGCUUCACAAAGAGCUCGUCUCUGCUGCCAAAUCUGACAACCUGGAUUACCGUCUGGGGGCUAUUCACUCCCUAGUUUAUAAGCUACCAGAAAAGAACCGGGAGAUGCUGGAACUUCUAAUCAGACACCUGGUAAAUGUGUGUGAGCACAGCAAAGAGAAUCUUAUGACACCUUCCAAUAUGGGGGUGAUCUUUGGGCCCACCCUGAUGAGAGCUCAAGAGGACACUGUGGCUGCUAUGAUGAACAUCAAAUUCCAGAACAUUGUGGUAGAAAUCCUGAUUGAACACUUUGGCAAGAUAUAUUUGGGUCCACCCGAGGACAGCCAAGUACCUCCAGUGCCUCCACCUCGAGUGACAGCAAGAAGGCACAAACCAAUCACAAUCUCGAAGCGUUUGCUGAGAGAGAAGACAGUAUUCUACACUUCUUCCCUCGAGGAAAGUGAAGAUGAAACCCAGCAUCAAACUCCUAAUGGUACAAUCACUAGCAACCUGGAUCCCCCCAGGCUACCGCAGCACCUCAAACUACCCAUUCAGAAAAGUGGGGAAACUGACCCUGGAAGAAAGUCCCCAAAUAGACCUGUUUCUGACUGUCAAUCGGAACCCUGCCCAGAGAUGGAUGUGGGGAAGCUGGUAUUUAGGUUGCAGGAUGGAGGGACCAAGGCUACUCCAAAGGCCACCAAUGGACCUGUGCCAGGCUCUGGGACCACAAAGACCUCCUCUUUCCAUAUAAAGAGACCAGCUCCCAGGCCAGUGGCUCACCACAAGGAAGGAGAUACUGACUGUUUCAGUAAAGUUCGGCCCCUAGGAGAAAAGCAAACAAUCAUCCGUCCUCCAGUGAGACCCCCAGACCCUCCUUGCCGGGUCAGUGUUUCACAGAAGCCGGAACCAAAGCCAGAUACUGUGGCUGGCAAUGCAGGGGAAAUCCCAUCAUCUGUGGUGGCAUCCAGGACCAGAUUCUUUGAAACAGCAUCCCGGAAAACUGGAAGCUCUCAAGGAAAACUUCCUGGAGAUGAGAGCUGAGGCCACAGGUUUGAAAGGACUUGGCCUCGAGGGACCCUUUCCAGGUUGGGGAAGGGUCUACUUCAAACCCAUGUGAGCUAUUUGGUGCUGAAGAGCAGCUCAUUUCUGGCCUGGAACCUUCAGUGUCUGGGAAGCUAUAAAAUAAGGAGCACACGUCUUCGACAUGUGUUUGUUUCUCCUUUGUAUUCUGUCUUCAUCUCCCCAGAAUGUCUGUUGUGAGCAGCUCCAAGGACACUGGAUGCCUGAAUUCUCUUAAGCUCCAAGCUCUACCGAAGUGAAAAUCCCCACUGACCUGUACUGAAGAGGGGAGCCCAGCUUUCCACUCUUCUCUGAACUUGUUGUUUCCUCAAAGGUCACUGGACUCUGAAUGAUUCAGGGUUAAAGACUGAUCUUGGGGGCCUCACCCUGAUCUAAAGGCCUCUGGAGUUGGGGCCAUUGUUUACCUUAUUUGGAAGGGACUAGGGACAUUAGUUGAAUAUUGGAGAAUUGUGUCGUGUCUCUUUCUGAGGAUAUGGACACGAACUAGUACCAGAUUGGCACCCUGGUACCAUGACAUGUUAAUGAUAUCCAGUGGGGCCAGUCCGCAUGGAUGAUCCCACAUAGAGCCCUUCGCAGUGCUAAGCAUGUUUUGCAUGUCAAAGCCUAGGCUGUCUGGAUUUUCCUUUUUCCUACUUUCACCCAAUAGCUUCCUUUCCAGCAAUCAACAAAUAAAACAAAACAGAAAAUGUCUUUGUAAAAAACAAAACAAAACAAAGCUGGGAGGGUCAAAUGUUAGGAAAAAUUGUUAAGAUUGACUUGAGUCCGAGGAAUUAUUGCUGUUGCUUCUUAUUUGCCUCUAGCUUACAUGCUCUUUUAUUUCUUGAAAAAAAAAAAGCAAACAAGCAAAUCUUAUAAGCAAACAAAACCAAAUCUUAGCCAAGUGCCUGUGGAAUCUGGAACUCCACGAUGCCCCCAAGAUGACAUAUACAAUUCCACGAGGGUAAUGCCUUUUCUGAGCAGAUGGUUCAUAACAUUCUACUGGAUUUCAAAUGGGACUGCAACCCAAUAAAGGUUAAGAACCAGAGUCCUUGAGAUAAAAGACUCUUUACAGCCCAUAAAGGGUUGGAUUAGAAGGAACUUUCAAACGCAUUUAACAGCAGCUUAGUUUACAUGACGAGCAAGUUAGCGACCACAAGAGGACAAGAUCCCAGGUGUCUGAGCUCCUACAUAAGGUUCCUUUUAGUACACCACAUUUAUCUAGGAGGGGGCCUUGUAGGUGGUGGCUUUAAUGGUUCUUUUGGGAGGUAUUGACUUUUACUCUCUUUCUUGAGCCUCUCAUAUUUGCCAGCAAGUGGAAAAUUCAAGCUAUAAGCCGCUGGUCCUUUCAGCACUGCUGGAGUCAUUGAAAGUGCACUAAAGCGAAAGCGGCGCAGGGAGUAGGAAAUCUGAGGAAUAGACAUUUUUGAGCCCUGGUUUUUAGGGUGUUGGUGCUUCUGUUUCUGUGCAGAUGCCCGAGCCCCGGCCUCUGAGGCUUGCGGGGCUCUUACUGAGUUCUGAUCUUAGAGCAGCAAUCUCUCUGUUAAUGAGGGAAAGGCCACUGUAUGUGGAGAACAUGGUCACUGGAGUGAGCCAGGAUCCAUGGAGGAUUAGGAAGACAGUUUGAAUCUAGUUUUCCUCAGGCAAAAUGCUGUGGUAAACACUAAAAGUCUUAGAAUACUAUUGAGAAGCAGAGAAAGACAUUGCAAACCCAAUAGAAGUAGUCUCUAGAAACUUUGCACUGUGAUUGCUGUGUUAUGUGGGACAUGAAUGAAAACUCAGCUGAGAAAGGAGGGGUCACCAGCUUUGGAGGUCAGGGAGCAGUUGCUGGGGUCGUUCUACUUCUGCAUCAACUCCCUUUGGAGAAUGAAACAAAGUUUCUCCCUUUGACAAUCUGCUUUAAAGAGCAAAAUUGCUGUGGUGAAGCUUGCUGUCGUGAAGUGAGAUUGGCGUGGUCUCUGCUUGCUACAUAGAUGCUCACUCCGAAGAGGGGAUCAGAAGAGGCCAUAUGCGCGUGGGUAACUAUGGGAAAUUAGCAACAACCCUAGCAAGUAGGCAAGAGAACUGUUAAGUCGUGAGCUGAUAGUGACAACAGAAGCGCUAACACUUAUUAAGCACCCACUGAGUACCAGAUACUUCAAAUACCUUAUACAUCAUCCUAAUAACAAUCAUGCAAGUACUCAGCUUCUUGUACAGACUAAGAUGGUACCCAGUUGUGUUGUUGCCGGCUCUAGUACACAGACAUGAUGUCUACUAGAAGUGUGAUUUCCAUCCAGACCUCUCAGAAUUUGCACCCUCUGCAAUUUUCCCCAUGUCAUUCAGAGGUAGGUAUUUAAACGGAGGACACAUUGCUGGAGGUGAGUUGACUCCUGACUCCCAUAUGCCUAACCAAUAUGAAAAGGAAAGCAGUGAGGGAGGGGAGCAGUGCAAGGCCGCCUCAUAAGGGAGUAGACCAUAGGCUGAAAGAUAAUCCCUACUUGGGUUUUCUUUUCACUCUGAGUUGAUCCGAUUGGUAUUAUGUUUUAAGAGAUCAUCGAACCUCACCUUGUGAAGUGAAGAAUUUGUUGCGAUCAGUAGCUGUGAAUUAGUCACCUUAGUCACUGUCUGGAGAGAAAGGGUCCUUCCAGGUGUGGCUGUGUUUUCCCAAUACAUCCCUACCUGUCACGUGUACAGUUUCAUCAAGAAGACUGGUGAUAUCCAUGCAUGCACUUUGAGAGAACGGAAGUUCUCUGUGCCUUUGUGGAAUUUGAUGCCCUGGGGUCACCUCGCUACAAAGGUUUUCCGUGGUGAAAGCAAAAAUCAGGGGGUCAUUUAAUAAAAAGAAAUUUCAUUGAAUUUUUAUAUUUCAAGUUGAAAGAGCGGUAUUAAGAAGUAUCCAGCCAACACAGGACAAAACUAAACAUUCAAUAUAAGAAACAAAAUAGUGUCAUGUAAGAGUGCUUUGGAAGUAAUGGGCUACAAUAGGGAAGCAUCUUCCCCUUUUCAAGACAUUACUUUAUUCUGUAAGAACUACAAAAAGUAAAGGAAGUAGUUCGGCAACUCAUGAAAUAAUUGCUUUUGAAAGAACAUAGACCAGUGAAGCUGUUGUUAAUGAAGGGGCAGACAGUUGACCUUGACACAUUAGACGCCUACCUACAAACGCUUUAGCGACAACAGCAACGGAAAAUACAGAGUGAAGCAAGAUAACUUGACAAGAAAUUGUCAAUGAAGAAAAGUCUUCAUUUUCAUAUGAAAUUGCCUAUAUGAACUAUGGUGUGAAAUCAGAGAAAAGAAUGAGAUCCUUGAGCCCAUUCCUGUAUUUUCAAUUAAGUGCAGAUUUCUCUCUUGAAUAAAUGCCCUCCAUCUGCAGUCUCGUGAUGGAAAUAAUCUUUCAGCAUGUCAGGAAUGAUGGUGCACCCACCAUCUACCACUUACGCUGUCUUGUAAAAAAUUCAAAGAGAACUCAGAACAAAAUGUUUUUGAACCCAAGAGUCUUAAUCUAUUCAGCUUUGCCAUUCUCUCGGGCUGCAUAGCAUCAAUAAGUGAUAGCUAGCAAGUCUGUCUUGUAGGUAAGGAAACUUGAGGCCCAGGGAGGUGAAAAUGACUUAUCCAUAAAAAGACUCUAGAAAUUGAUAAAAAUCCAAGAUUGGAAACUGCAAAUGGCUUUCUAUUUACCACAGUGCCCCAAAUUAGUAGUGAAAACAAACGUCUGGGCUAGAGAGAUGGCUCAGCGGUUAAGAGUACUGGUUGCUCUUCCUGGGGUCCUGAAUUCAGUUCCCAGCACUCAUAUGGCAGCUCACAACCAUCUAUGAGUAUAAUCACGGGAUCCAAUGCCCCCUUAUAGUUUGCAGAAGUACACACAGGCAAAAUACCCAUAUGCAGAAAAUUCAUAAAUAAAUAAAUCUUCAAAAGAAAAUGAAUCCCAAAUAUAACUGGAGAUGUUUUGAAAUAGGAUUAAUGAAAAUAUCAAUUUUGGCGACUCGUUAGAAAUGCAGAUUGCUAGGAUCUACCUGAGACAUCUGGAAUAUGAAUCUGUAUUUUAACAAGACCCCACAAGAGAUUUCUAUGCACAUUAAAAUUUUGAGAAACA